UAUUUCCAUCCCCACCUCCCUUAUCUCCCGCGCUCCACACUCUCCACUCCCCGCCAUGGCUGCCGUUGGCGUCGUCUCCCCGCCGGCGCCGCCCGCCGUGGCCGCCGCCUCCACCUCGUCCCCGCGCCGCCGCGUCCGCCUCCCCCUCGGCCGUGUCUCCUCCUCCGCGGCGUCGUUCCGCGCCCGGUGCGCCGCCGCCGCGGAAGACGGCGGCGCCACGGCCGCCCCCGAGGACGCCGCGGCGGCGGCGGCGGUGGCGGAAGCCGUGGAGGGGGACCCCGAGGCCGGGACGGACGUCGCCGGCGGCGCCGCGACGUCGACGCGGCCGCCGUACUCGCUCAUCUCCGCCGACAACGUGCAGAAGGCGAUGCGCGGCCUCGCAAUCACAGAAUGUGAUCAUUAUGGGAGGCUUGGGAUCACCAGAUCAGCUUCUACCGAUGAGGUUAAAGCCGCCUACGAGAAGAAGUGCGAAGAACUGAAUAGCAAAGGAUUGGAAGAAGAGGAAAUCAACAAGGAGCAUGACCUCCUAAAGGAAUCUUUUACCAUACUAUGGACCGAGGAAGAGAGAAGAUUAUACGAUUGGAGUUUGGCAAGAAGUGGAAAGCCUGAGCGAUAUGUCUGGCCUUUCGAAGUCGAUCCCAUGGAGCUAGCACCAGAUCCUCCAAAGGAACCAGAAGAUGAGUUCCCAACAAAGCUGGUUGGCUACUUUUUCCUGGCAUGGUUCAUACUAUCUGUUGCCUUGUCAGUAACCCUCAACAGAUGAUGAGUAGCUGUAGUUGUAAUCCAGCACUCCUUUCGGCGUCACCAUGAAUGCUCUGCAUGACUACAUGUAUACUGAUUAUGGUAACUAAAGUAAAGCGCGUAAAAAUCGCUGAAUGCGUAUGUACAGAUCAUGUUUAUAUGUCUCUAAAUCUUUCAAGGAAUCGAUGAGCCAUUUUAUACCAAUGCAAAUGAGUUUUUCCAAAUACA